GUAUACAGUAUCUUUUCCUGCACAAUAUUACAUUACAUAUACGAGGACAAUACACAGACUAGUUGCGCAAGCUUACCUCCAGUGACUGGCUUUGCUUAUAGGAAAUCUACCUGCAAAAUGAAAUUACUUCACGUGUGAUGCGUCUCGGCUGUAGGCAAUAAACUAGAGACACAGGCCGAGCGGCAGCGCGACAGGAUGCUGCCGCUGGAGCACAAGGCUAGCGGUCGGGUGCAAGCCACUGGCCGGGGCGUUCGGGCUAGCGUGGAAUUGUCUUCGGUGCUGCCACAGCAGCGCGCCGCACAGCUUCAGCACCAAAAAUGCAACACGGGAGCGCGGCUCGGCCGCGAUCCCCGUCGCGGUGUCGAUGCGGAGCGGACCUUGGUCUGCACCGCGGCGACCACCGCCUCCGUGCCAUCCACCUCCGGCGCCUCGCCCAGCGGCUCGCAGCUCAGCUCUAAGGCGCUGCGUCCCCGGCGCUUCAGUGCGCCCGUCAUCGCGCGGCUGCUGCGCUCCACGACCACAGUGCAGGAGCUGGCUGACCUGGUGCAGCAGCAGUCGUUGUACAUGGACAGCAGCCACGUGGGCAUCGCCAUGCUGCACCUGGCGCUGCUGGUGUCGCGCGCCGAGCAGCAGGCGGCGGCGCAGCUGCAGCUGCAGCUAGCAGCCAAGCAGGCCGCCACGCGGCGGGCCGGAAGCGGCGCGUCCACCAGCGGCCGGGCACGGGGCUGGGGCUCGGGGCCGGGCCGGAAUGGCAGUGGCAGCAGCAGCGUCAGCGUCAAUGGCAGUGGCAGUAGCAGCAACGGCAGUAGCAGCAGCAGCAGCAGCCUUGCCAUGGGUAUGCAGCUGUCAAUGGCGUCCAUUGGUGACGAUGUGGUUUCAGGGGUAAAUGCUGGCCCGGUGCCAUCCGGCGGCGCGGAUGCGUUGUUGGAUCUGGAGAUGUCGUCCAUCCUGGAUGACGACGACGGCGCGGGGGCGCGGCAGCUGCAGCAGAUGAGCGAUGACCUGGCGGCGGGGCUGGAGGCGGCGGCCACGACAACAGCCGCGCCGGAGGCCGGGGUGGCGGCGGCGGGUGGUACGGGCGCAGGCGCGGCGGCUGACGCCGCCGCCAGCAGCUCUGCACCCUCCCUCGUAGCAGCUGCUGCUGCUGCUGCCGCAGCCGCCGCGUCGCCGGCGUCCUCACCGGACGUGGCGCGCACGCUGCGCACGCUGCUGUCGCGGGCCUUCUCGCUGGGGCUGGACUCUCUGAGCGGGCCGCAGCUGGCGGCGGUGUUCAGCGGACUGGCGGUGCUGCGGAGGCCGCGGCAGCAGCAGCAGCAGCAGCAGCAGGCCGGGGCGGCGGGCGCGGGCGCGAAUGCGGGCGCGGGUGGUGUUGGUGGUGUUGGUGUGAGUGCGGGCGACCGGCUGGUGGCGGAGCAGCUGCUGGCGGCCAUGGGGCCCAAGCUGUACGAGUGCAGGCCGCAGGACCUGGCCAACACGCUGGCCUCUGUCGCGCUGCUGGGUCUGCCGCCGGACGCCGACCUGCGCACCAGCUUCUACGCCGCCGUGCGGCAGCAGCAGCGCCGCUUCGGGCCGCGCGAGCUGGCCACCACACUGUGGGCGUACGGCGCCAUGGGCACGGACGUGCAGGAGGACGCCGUACAGUUGGUUCUGGAGCUGUCGCGCGCCCGGCUGACGUCGUUCAGCCCGCUGCAGCUGGCCAAGGCGGUGCAGGGACUGGCGGCGCUGAGGUACAGGCCCUCUCCGGAGUGGGUGGAGGCCUACUGCUCCGUGCUGCGGCCCGCCCUGCGCCGCAUGAGCUCCCGCGAGCUGUGCGCGGUGCUGCUGGCGCUGGCCAGCCUGCAGGUGGGUCUGGACGGCGGCACUCGUGCGGCGCUGCUGGUGCACACCUUCAGCGGCCCGCUGCCCGGCAUGGCGCCCGGCGAGGUGGCGCUCAGCCUGUGGGCGCUGGGGCGGCUGAGUGCGGUGGACAUGGACCUGCCCGCACUCAUUGACCUGGACAUGAGCGGCAGGGUGUUGGACCUGACGUCCCGGCUGCUGGCCGCCGGCGGCUUCAGCGGCGGCGAGCUGCAGCAGCUGCUUGAGGGGCUGACGCGCCUGGCGCUGCAGCCGCCCCUGGAGUGGAUGCAGGCCUUUGUGGCCGCACUGCAGCCGCAGCUGGACAAACUGGAUGCCCAGCAGCUGGCGGGUGUGCUGAACAGUCUGGCGGCGCAGCAGUACCGGCCGCAGCCCCAGAUGCAGGAGGUGGUGCUGGCGGCCACACAGGCCAACAUGAAGCAGCUGCUGGCCGACACCACCUGCUCCGCCGCGCUGCUCACGGCGCUGCGCCGCCUCAACAUCGAGCCGCCACCGGGCUGGGUGGGGGCGCUGCUGGAGGAGUCGCGGUCCGCGCUCAAGAACAGGUGCACGGACCUGCACCUCGCCAACCUGGCGGGCUCGCUGGCGGCGUGGGGCGUGCGGCCGGACGGGCGCUGGGCGGCGCGGCUGAUGUGGCGGAGCCAGGUGCUCAUGAACGAGGACCGCAUGUCGCCUCGCGCGCUGGUGGCGCUGCUGCAGGCCAUGGUGUCCCUGGGCCUGUCGCCCAACCCGGUGUGGACGCAGCUGUGCCUGCAGGCGGCGGUGCGGCGAGCCAGCCAGCCCGCCUUCGAGCCGCACCACUACGGCACACUCAUGGCGUCACUGCACGCGCUGGGCAUACAGCCGCCGCAGGAGUGGCUGACACGCAUGCUGCUGAGCACCUACCGCUGCUGGGACCGCUUCAGCGUCACGCACUGGAGCAGCCUGCUGCCGGCGUUGGUGCUGCUCAAGGCCCGCCCGCCGCGCGAGUGGCUGCGGCGCUUCGAGGCGACCAGCGCCGCCCGCCUGGCCGACUGCUCCGCCCUGCAGCUCCUCACCCUGGCCGUCUCCCUCGCGCAGCUGCACCAGCUGCACGCCGCCGGCGCCGUCGCCGACACGCCGCUGCUCCUUCCCGGCGCCGCAGCGGCAGCGGCAGCGGCUGCGCCGGCUGGCGCCUCCAGCGCUGCCGCCGCUGGCGACAGCCCGGCGGCGCUGUCGGCGGUGCCGGCGGCGGCGGGCGACGGAGCGCUGGUGCCGUCGUUCAUGUCCAUCGAUGAUGACGGCACCGCCGCCGUCGCGGCCGCCGCCACGGCCCUUGCCGCGGCGGAGCCGGCGGCGCACGCCGCCACCUCUACCACCACUGCCACCGCUGUUGCGCACCCGCAGCCACAGCUGCUGCCGCAGGCGCAGGCGCUGCCUCAGCCAGGCCCUGAGUGGCAGGCCGCCUGGUGGGCUGCCAGCACGCGGCUGCUACUGCGGGUGCGCUACGCGCCCAGCGAGCUGGUAUUGACGGCGGGCUGGCUGGGCAGCCUGGGGCUGAGGCCGCCGCCCGAGUGGCUGCAGGCGUGUGCCGAGGUGGCGGCGCGCUACAGCAAGGUGAUGGACGCGGCCGAGCGGCAGCAGCUGGCGGCGGCUGUAGCACCCCUGGCGCUGGAGGCUGUAGCACCGCCGUCGGCGCCGCCGGCCGGGGCGGCUUCAACGGCUCACUGAGUGGCAGCAAAUGGCGCUGUGGACAGCCCCGAUCUGUCGUGGGGUGGCUUGCGGAUGGGGGCCAGCCAGAGUGCAGGGACUUGAACGCGGGCAUGUGCCCUCGGGCGUUUGGGACAGCCCUUGUGUCAAGCGGGACAUGCGUGGCACGAAGGCGGGGCGGACAGUCCGGGCAUGGCAGGGCGCAGCAGGAAUGAUGGGAUCAAGGGUGGGAUGCGCUGGCACGUGAAUCCAGCAUUUGAGGAGGAAUAUGAAAGCGGUAUAGCGGGGUGUGAAGAUGGUAACUGCGAGAGCGAGGAGGCUCCACCGCGAGCCCUGGUCGCCGGCGCUCAUAGCUGCCCGCGCCAUCAAGGGCUGGGGCGCUGUAUAGCGAAAGUCAAGACACGAGAGAGGCGCAGUGUACUGGUGUGAGUCGGAGAGAUUUUAGGAAUGCUGAACUGAUGGACGUGGGCGCCACCGCACCAGGUUAGGGUUGAUGGGAUCUUGAGCAGAGGUUGAUGGGGAGUUGGGGACGGAAAUGCGCUUGGCAA